AUGACUGGCGGAACAUUCCGCUUUGAACAUGUUUACCCCAACAAGGCUCCUAAAACAAAGGGUACGUUGAUGAAGCCCGCACUGGUGACUGAUGUCGUGUUUGACCCUAUCGAUAACAUCCAAUCUGUAUUUGAUGAAGCGUCCCUGUUGGUGGGCAAUAUGAACCAGUUUAUGGAUGAGCUGCUCCACGCUCAGGGGAAUAGCCAACCUGAAUUCCAUGAUUUACCUGGGAGACCGCCAAGUCUGGAUCUGUUCAACCCUGACUUUCAGGUAAACGACUUAUUGAGCCAAUUUGCCAUUCAAGAUCCGCCGCCGGCUUCAAGUUUCGUUGUCGUCGAUGAAAUAUUACAAAAGCUGAAUGACUGGUUGAUGAUAGAAGUGGUGACAAAGCAGCAUCUUACCGAGCCACACAUUACCUACCUUGAUUUGUUAUCUAAUGGCGACAUGCUGUACAACUUCUUUCCAUUUGCCGCCUCCAUUGAUAGCAAUGGGGUGGUGAAGCUUCUUCUAGACCGAGCGUCAGAGUGUCCUUAUCUAUUGACAGCACUCUUGGCGACUCUGGCAACGUUUCGUUACAAUCAAACAGGUCGCAAAGUCCAUUCGGAGGCUCGUCAGAAAUAUCUCAAAAUCUGUCUUUUGCUGUUAUCUGAUGCAUUCACUAAUCACAUCAAAACGGAGGGUUUGGGACCUCUUCAACAAAGCCAAGCCCAAGACAUCGAAAAUCUUUUGCUUACGGUACUCGUCCUCACACUGACAUUUUCACUGAUGGCAUAUAGCAGCUCCUUGGUGAUGAAUUCAUGGCAAAUUCAUCUUCAUAAAGCUCGUGACGUGUUAAUGAGUUACAGCUCCAUCACAAGUCUGAAGCAAUUUUUGAGCAACGGGUUUGCCUUGGCUAAGAUGUGGUUUUUCUCUGCUGAAGCUAUGGCUAGUUUGUUUAGCCCGUUCGGUGGGGUAUUGCUGUAUGACUCUGAAACUGCUGAUGUCCACGCCAAGUUAUUCUUGCAGAACGGAUGUUACGACGAAGCGCUGGACCCCUUGUAUAACUUGGUGCUACGCCGGAUUGGCAUGUUGACCACACCCACAAAUCCUCGAGUCACUGAGUUCUCAUUGUACUUAGGAGUCACGGUUAACUUGAUUAGGAUCUCAUUUGAGAUUGCUAAGGCGCUUCUGUAUUGUCGAAAAUAUCCUGAUGAUGGCUAUGACCCUACAGAUGCCGCAAAAAUUGUGGUGGCAAUCGAACGCACUGCUCAAGAGGAAAUCUGCCCUGGAUUCAAUCGCGAAACUUACGAAAUACCCCUAGACUCUCCAGCUCAUCCAAAGUAUAUUGGGCCUGACCGACAGGUGUAUACUAAAGCGGCCUACUGGUGGGAAGGAGACAAAUGUUACUCUUGGUUUGAUUUAUCCCAACAAACUCAUUUGGAUGCACAUUAUCUUCAGUUAGUAUGCACUCAAGGUCUAUUUGGGGCUCGACGACUGAGUGGGGUGAUGAAAAGGAUCAUCCGCAAAUUGAUAAGGUCUCUCCGAUUCAUUAAGCUGCGACUGAAAGAUAACUAUGCCAAAUAUAGCAAAGAGCAAGAUAUUUUGGCCGAAACUGCUCAUUACUUUCUACCAAGUCUGCUAUUUGAUAUUCGAACGUUCAUGAUCCAGCUGCCCUAUUUGGUGGUAACGCGUCUUGUGACUUCCGAGGACGAUUUCGAGCGGCUCGAGUUGUUUUUCCUGGGUUUGGUUAAGCGGGGUAACGGAAGUGCUUUAGGAGCUCUAGACUUGGUCUAUCACUAUCGUGAACGCUGGCGAAAAGGAGUUGGCAGCGAUGAAGACAAUGAUUCCGAGGUAUUGGGUCUGAUCCCUUUGCAAUAA